CGGAGCCUCUCUGCAGCUCAGACCUUCUCCUCCUCCCCGCAGCUGCAGACCCGGAGCCGGCCACCGUCAGCAUGUCCCACACGGUCAUCACCACCACCACCACCGGCAGCAGCGGCAGCAGGACGCCCGGCCACGGAGCGCUCAACCUGGGCUACAGCCGCACGCUGCCCGGCCUCAUGAAGACCGGACAGAUGAUCGCCCUCCUGGUCGCCUUCCUCUGCGUCCACUGUGCUCACGGUUGGCCCAGCUGGGCGGCGUUCCAGUUCUUCGAGGUGGUGACGCUUUGGUUCCUCAUCGCCUUCCUCAUCUUCUUCCUCAUGCACCUGUUCAGGCUGCAGGCUAAGAUGCCCUGCAUCAACUGGCCUCUGACGGAGUUCUUUCAUUACUCCGUCGGGACCCUCCUCAUCGUCAUCGCCUCCAUCGUCGCCGCUGUGAAGAGCGGAGGAGUUUCAGCGCUGGUGGCCGGAUCAGUGUUUGGCUUCAUAGCGACAUUCCUGAUGGCCGUUAGUUUGUGGACGUCUUACAACGUGACCUGCGGCUCUCAUCAGACCGGUGCAGCGGUGUAAGAAGUGGUCCGUCAUGAAGGAGCCAGUUGGCUGUGAUGGCAGUUUGCUGUGUCCUGGUUUCUGCCUAGCAACCACCUGGAUAAUUAACCUGAUUGGAUUAUAAUUCAUUCUACAGAGGUAAUGGAACAGCUGAUCCAGGACCAGCCGUUGUUUAUACGUAAAUAUCCCAGACCAUCACGUUAACCUCUGACAGGACAGUAGUUAAAGUAUUACUCAGAUAUCCAGAACACAUUUAUUUUUUCUUCUAAAGUCACAUUUCGUGUUAAAGGUGCUCCGUCACAUUUUAACCAUCAAUGUAUCAACAAAAGAUGUGUUUUUUAAUUUCCCUCCUUCCGUUUUCUGCUAUCAAGUAUCUAGAGAAGCUUUUUUAGACGAGUCAAAGCUGCGUGAGCUCUCAAAAAACAGCGCCCUCUUCCUGUUGUGUGCCAUAAAAAACAAUCAAAGACGGUUUUCCCGUCAAAAAUCAAUCACGAGUCGCCUCUUCGUUGAACUUCCUCGGUGCUUUUACAGCAACUAGCUUGAUUUGCUCGAUUCGCGAUCAAAUAUUUCAUCCAUUCCGACUUUUUUUAUUCUACUCUUUAAAAUUCUUGAAGCUCAAUAAAAAGAAAAAACAGUCUGGACCACGACUGCAUUACUCUUUAAAAAAAAUCACUUUUCUUAAAAGCCCAGCAACAAAGCGAUGCACCGUAAAGCCCUGUUAGCCUGCUAUGCUAAUUCAUGCUAGCACACAAAAUCAUUACUCUAGUGUGCUAACAAACAUCGACAAGCUAAUCUUUUACGGGAAAUAGCUUGCAUGCUAAUGACUUUGUUAGCAUGCUAAACCAUAACUCAGGGGCUAAAAAAAACAGUAGCAUGCUAAACGAUUCUGUGAAUUGAAACAAAAGUAAACAUUAGCAUGCUAACAAUGCAAAAGAACAAGGAAAAGUGCUGCGUCUGUCUGUAAUUAAAAGAUAAGUGUGGUGAUAACAUAUAUUCUUCCUAUUGUCAACAAACCUGCAGAAACAAACCAACAAUUAAUUGAUCGUUUAUCAAGUUUUACCAGAGAACCAAAUGCGGGUUAAUCCGCCGCUGAAAAUAGUGCCCAACAAAAAUGCACUAUUUCCUCCUGUUUGUAUGAUAAAAACUACAGGGACCAGCUGUUUUAGGAAACAACAGAUGGAACUAUUUGUGUUCUCAAAUGUUUACGUCUUUGGUAGGAACCAAUGGGCUUGGAGCUGAGACAGGAAGUCAGACUGUAUUUAGCAUUUUGAUCUGCACAUGACGUUUGUUGACAAUAAGAAAAAACAAAGAAAAACACCAUCAAUAUCCUUCAAACAGUAAGUGUACCAUUGAUUUGAGGUAUUAAUGGUACCAUUAGCAUCUCGUGGUUCCUUUCUGUGGGUGCGGCAGUAACGCCCAUGAAGCUUAACAUUAACGUCCCACAGUCAGACACUCUGUCUGCUCUGGAAAUCAAUCUGCUGUUUACUUCUGCAGCCAUGAGUUUAGAAUCAAAGGACGCAUUCAUUACAGUUCCACUACGACAUGCUGUCCAGUUUUUCUCACAGACGGGACAUGCACGACUGUCCUUGGUGCUUUAAAAAUAAAAGAUAAAAACUGUUAACUGCUUAAUUUUGAUUUAAUCUGAAUUUCAGAAAGCACAACAGUAAACGUUUUAAAUUAUGCCAAAAAAAGAGAGCAGCGUCCACAGUAAACUACAAACAUGAUUAUGAUUUAUAUGGAGCCUGUCGGGGGUCAUAUGAUAAAAAAAUACUGGAAAUCAGUUUGCACGGAUUAAUAAACUAACACAGAAACAGAUUGAUAUCGUUUUUUUAAAGACAUAUCAAUAUAUAAAAAGAAAACAUACACAUGGAUUUUGAAUGGAUCAGUAUGUACUCAUGGAUUAGAAACAUUUAUGCAUGGAUUAUAAAAUGUACAGAUUAAUAAAUUGAACACAGAUUAUACCAAAAAUGUAAAUAUUUAUCAAACACAAACAAAUAAAAUGUAUGUAUUUAUUGAUAUUGAACGAUGAAACAUGUAUGUACAGAUCGCUAAAAGUUAAACCCAGUUAAAUAAAACAUACAUGUGGAUUAUAAAUGCACACACAGAUAAAUAAAGCAUUGUGCAGAUUAAUGAUAAAUAACAUAAAUAAAGAUAAAGAUAAAAUAUAAACAUGCCUACCAAUAAAUAAAACUGAUGCAUGAGUUAAUAACAAAUGUGUACUUAUUAAUAAAACCAACAAACGGAUUAAUAAAUAUUUACCGUGCAAAUAUGGAUUUUUAAAGAGUUACAGUAACAGAUGAAUUUAAACACUUAUGUGAAUCUAUUAACUGUAUGUAAACAUUUGCAUGGAUUAAUGAAAAAAUAUGCACUGAUAAUAUGGAAUACUGGAGAAUGCAUCUGGCCUUCAGAUUAAAAAUCAAUCUAUAAAUCAUUUAAAAAAGAUUUAUUGAAUUGUCAUACCAGUUGAAUGAAAGCACAAUAACUAAUAACUGGCGUCAGAAAAAUUGUGAAAAACUUUAAAUAUCCAGUUUAGAAAACAAUGAAGAGUCUUUUACUGUUAAAGCACAAAAUAUCUUGCGAUACCUCUCCUGGUCUGUACUUUAUCCUCACAUGUUGAAGUAUUUUUCAACAUUUGUCUGACUUUGAUUACCAAUCCGUGCUUUUAAUUAGUGAGUGCUAACACUUUAUUAAUCUGUGUACACAAAUUACCACAUCGUAUGACACCCAGCUCCGUAGAGUUCUGACCAAUAGACCGAGUAAAACACAAAUUGUUAGUAGUGGAUUAAAUUGCAGUUUGUCUUUUAGUUCUACAAACAUUUCAGAUGGACUGAACAUUUGAUAGCUAAGUGAUGAAGCGUACUGCUGCAGACUUUAAGAUUAAGUUCUGACCAUGUUAUGUUAGCUUUAGCUAGCGAGUUAGCUAUAGCUAGCAAAUUAGCUAGUGAAAAUGGCCAUGUCAGUAGACAAUAUGUAGACAAUCAGUACCUGUAAGAGAAAUUAUAAAAAAAUGAUCAACAAGAUAAUGACUAAGACGUUCAAUGCAAAGUUUCUUAAACAAUGUUUGAUAUCCCCAAAAAUCAGCUAAUGUUAGCGUGUUUGCCAUUGUGUUCAUUGAUCGAAGAUUGAUAGGAAGGACCGAUAACGUAAUAGAAAAUGCAGCAGUUGAUAUGCUAACCUAGCAACAACUUUGAAAAACGGAAAAAUAUGCGUUGAAAACUGAUUAAGCUCAUUUUAAUUCUGGGCUAGCAUCCAGCCUCAUUGUUGAUAUCAACGCAAAAUAACUUGUUAGCCACAAUAACUUUUCACUUAAUCUUCUUUGAACAGAGUUCCCAUUAAGUCAGCAGCUUCUCUUUUUAACAUGUAUCUAAUUCACCACGUUAGCUAACCUAUACACACACUGAAAGUAGCAGUAGCAUUUAAAUUUAUAUAUUAACCAGAGUUCUUUCAUGCCCUUUAAGUUUACCAGUUAAUAUAUCGAAAGUUUAUGGUUUAACUCAACCAAUCAAAUUAUCUUUGCAGCUGUAGCGGUUCUACAUGUUGAGUAAUGUUUGUAGAAUUAAAAAUCAUCGAGCAUCUUCUAUGAUCGAGGGGGAAACUUUCCUGCCAUUUCUUCAAACAAAACUCUGGAUGGAGUGAAGCUGAACUCUGCUCUCAGUCAGAGAUGUUCAUCCUCAGAUUACUGCCUUACUGUUGAUCAGAUGCCAAAAAAAUCUUGAUGAAAAAUCGUGAUGCUUUCGAAUAAUUUUGCACUGAAGCAGCUCCGACUACAGAAUGAAGGAUUCGCGUCUAAUCUGAUUACAAUCGAAUGUUUCACUUUGACUAUAAUCCGUAUGAAGUUUAGGAUAACGGGACAAAUUACAGCGGGUUUGAAUACAGAUUAUUGUCUCACUUCUGGUGCGUCUCUUAGAGCCCUACACACUGUGUGAUAACGGCGGUCUGACAGUUUCCCUUCCUGUUACACUGUGAGCCACGUAGAGCAAAAUCGUGGUUGAGGCAGUUGAGAUUGUGCAAUGAAAUUAGAACAAAUUUUGGACCACAAAACUGACCCGUGAUGAACCUACCUGUACCCAGAAUAAACUGUCCUACUGUGCUUUGACCGAAUAGUUAGGUUUAGGAAAGAACAGAUAGUGGUUUGGAUUAAAAGAACUACAUUUGUACAUUUGUAGCCCAAUGAAUUUGAAAUAACUCAACGUUGACUGUUGGUUUUUGACACAAACUAUGGUCUCCUGGUCCUCUGAUUAAAAUGUAUUUCAAUUGAACCCGGGAAUAAUUGUUUCCAGGGUGCCGGCAUGUUAUUUUAACACACUACGUGUACGGCUGAGCGACAGUUCAACAUAAGAUAUCGUUUUCAAUGGAAUCAUACAUCGAGAUAUCGUUGAUACACCAUCACAUCAUCGGGAUACUGGAUGAUAAUUGAUAACUCAAUUUUCGCAAAAAAUCUUAUUAUUAUUGAAACUAAGUUCUAAAUUAAAUGAGAUAAUACUUUUCACUUGUUAAGUGUGCAAAACCAUGUGAAUAUCUCAUGUAGACUAUUAAUAUAUCGAACAACCGGAAAACAUGCUACAUCGUGAUAAUAUAUAUAUAGUUAUUGAUACAGUAUAAUGAAAUGAGCGAUAUCGUGAUAGAAGUUUUUGGCCAUUUUGACAAGCUCUAAUAACUAGACACCUCCAAUUAAUGACAUGUUCCGCCCAUUUCACGUCUUUUUGUGAGAUCAGGCUGGUUUGGUUACGUGAUUGUCUGUUCGGCACGGCUCGCUAGCUUAAUAUAUUUUGCGUUGAUGAAGAGAACAAAGGAUCUUGCACAACUAAACUAGACUGAAUAUAAAUUUGAAGCGUUCGGGUCUUGUUUACCAGGUGUUGUGUGGACCCGUGAAGCUCGUAAUAGCAAUCAUAAAUAUCUCAAACCGGCGGCUAAAGACUGUGAUACAAGAAACACCAUUUUGGAUCAACAGCCAAAGAUUUCAACACGUCUUCUCUCUCGAUUGUCAGCUUUUUAUCAGAGACCGCCCACAAUCACACAGUGUGUACGGAUCUUUAACACUUUAUUAUAGUCACAGAUAUUCCAAAACUGUUUUCUACUAAGUCAAACAUUGCUGCAUCUUUUUUUACUUUUAUGUGAUGGUCCAAGGUUUUCACAUAUGCUGUGUGUAUUUGCUGCUUCACUCUACUGUAUUUUUUAUUUUUUUGGCUGGACCAGUUUGACAUAUGAAGGUUUUAUUUCAUUAUAGAUGCACUGGUGAAACGUCUUUAAUGCUGAUACCAUUUUAAAAGAUCAUAAUUAAAUGAUCUAAUCUGAUGUAAAUGUACAUUUAGGCAAAUGAAUUGAGAUCUUGUAGCUUUAGUCUGCGUGCUUUGAUUUGUUUUCAAGAUUCUAUUGAUGAACUUUUGAUAUACAGAGUUUUUCCAUCAGUAUCUGCCCAGCAUCAAGUUUUGUAUUGAACUUUGGGUCAUUUUUAUUGGUUCAUCCUUCAUUGCUUGACCCUUAAGCUUGGUUGUAUUAUGCUGCCUUGAGGUUUUAGUUUGGAACCAGAGUGAAUUUGUCCAUCAGUCAGUCAGAAUGUGGCCUCUUUUGUGUUUUCAGAUGAAGAUUUAAACUCUGCUGAUGUGAUGUUUCUGAACAUUAGUCUCAUCAUCCUUUGAUCAAAGAUUCAUUCUGACUCCAGAACGAACAAAAACCGCACUGUUUACAUUAUUUAUUUUGCCGUGCAUGUAUUUUCUGAUGCUUCUUCUCACCGCUGCAAAGUGACCCGAUGUAUGACUGUUUGUCCACUGAUGGUAGAUGGUCUGUGGUUUGGUGGCUAAUACGUUCUGAUCCAGUCGGACACGUUAUGGUCUGUGAUGGACAUUUCACGGAAAUCUGCUUGGAAACUUUUCAGAUGGAUUAAAAGUAACAAAAAAGGGGAUUUACACUGAGAAACAAAGGUCACCUCUGUUAAAGUCAAAACAGACUAUAAGAACUUCUCGUCCGUUGCUUAAACAUGAAACUUCAAAGUUCAUGCUUUACCUUCAAAACAGCCGUUGAGGAAAAACAGUUUGAACGGAUAAAAAAAAAAAUCUUUCUGCUGAGAGAAAUCCAGUUUUAAGAUCUCAAAUGAACUUUGAAAGCUGAACUUUAGAGGUUAAGAAAACAUGUUUGAUGGGAGUAAAACUACAAAAAAUACAAACAAACAUGAAAAAAGGUCUUAUUAAAGUCAAUACAAGCCGUUUCAUUCUAUAUAAAGUAGUUUGUGUUGAUUAUAACAUUUCUUAGUCAGAGUAUAUAAAGUAUUUUGUACUUUACACCCAUCUAGUAUCAUUUUUAACACCUUAAAAUUAAUAUUGCGUUCCAUUUGUUGAGUUAGUGAUGGUGCAGAUGAUCACCAACCUCCAAGUGAGUUUGUAUUUUCAACAUUCUUCCCAUUACGAAUUUGAGGGACUGAAAGAUCCUGUUUGUGUGAGAUGUCCAUUCUGGAUUCUGGAUCAGCGCUACGAGCUAAUAAGCUAAAACAUAAAAAAACCACCAGUAUAAUCCUUAAAACAGGAAGAGCCCGGUGGACUCUGACGCUCAAAUAGUUCAGAUGAUUUUUUUUUUUUCUACAAAGUGCCUUAAUGUUCUUUUAACGUAAAGAUCGGCCGACAGAACUGAAGACAACGGAACCACUUUAAAAACAGCGAGGUGUGAUUAAAGGUUUGAUGUGGUGGAGACAUGAAGGGAUUUUUAUUAGGUUUCAGAAGAAAAGAUGUCCACAGUAUUAUCAUCAUGAGUCACAUCACAAAGAGCUCACAUUGACUUGUGUUGUUUUUCUACAUUUUUUAAAAGUGUGUUUAAACUACGAGUUGUGAUUUGUUGCAUGUCGGAAAUUAAAAGCUCACU